GCUGCAUACGCUCUACUGCUAUCGUUUCUUUUGUCGCAUGGCCUUCGCCCAACUGGCGUAGGACCACGGGAUCUCUCACAAGCGAUUGCACUUGUGCUUGCAUCUCCGUUGGCGCAGAACUGUGAGGCUCGUCGCCGACUCAUGACUGCCGCGACUGAAGGUGGCUACCUUACAAGUCUUACAUCAUCUAUAGGAGGACUAGGAGGUGGAGGAAAAGGUGGUGGAUUUGCAGGAAGAAGCAGUGUCAGUGGUGCUGGUGGUGGUGGUAGUAGCCAACAUGGUAAUCGAUCCACUGUUCUGCAUUCUGCCAGCGGAACUGGCUUUGGUAGUCUUAGUGGGUUUGGCCGCCUGUUUUCUGCCGGUGCUGGCAGCGGAACUAGCAACGGAGGUAGUCUUACAGGAUCUAGUUAUGCGCUCCUCAAUGGCUCCAACUCAAACCUUCUUUCCGGAAUUGGUGGAGUCGUGUCUGGGGCUAGGGUCGGGGACUUGGGCAGGCUUGCUGGGAAUCAACAUCCUCAGCAGCUCCCAGUCAAUUUGCAUCCCCUUGCUGGAGGAAAUAUGGGUAUAUCAACAAGCAGCAUCUCACUUAUUCCGCAUGUUCCGCUUACACAUUGUUCUCCAGCACUUCAAGCGGAUGCCGGUAACGGCUUCAUGGAGAACUCGAUGACGACAUCAUGCAUUGCUACUUCGCUGACUGGAGGGGGCGUUGGCAACGAAUUGGAGAAUAUGAUGGCAUUUGGUCUUCCUCAGGCGCCGUGGCCCUUUAGGCAUGGCUGGUUGGAUGGCUUAUUUGCCCUCAGCAAUGCAGCUUGUCGAUAUUUGAAUACUGCUUUAGCUUAA